UGGCGGCGGGGAGCUGUGCCUGGGCGCCGCCGCGCCGCUCCCCAGUAACUGCGGGAGACAGAGAGAGAGAGAGCGGAGCCGCGCCAGCGCCGCAUCGCCGUAACGCCGUCACGCCAUCCGCGCGGAUACGGCGGCUUCGUGCUUCUGCGGGACCCGGAGCGCUCCGGCCCGGCUGCGGCUGGGGGCGGGAGGGGGGGAACAAUGGUGAAGUUUCUGGUGAGUUCUGGCUGCGCCCCGGCCGCCCCGCUGCUGCUGCUCCGCCUCGGAUCACGGUGAGGGGAAAAUGAGCGAGGAGACGGCGGCUGCUAACACCGAUAAUAGUUAUGCACGAGUGCGAGCUGUGGUGAUGACCCGAGAUGACUCAAGUGGUGGAUGGUUACCACUUGGAGGGGGUGGACUAAGCUGUGUCACAGUCUUCAAAGUCAUUCCCCAGGAAGAGAAUAGCUGUGCUGAUUUUCUUAUCCAUGGAGAACGACUCAGGGAUAAAACGGUGGUCUUGGAAUGCACAUUAAAGAAGGACCUCGUUUACAACAAAGUUACUCCAACUUUUUACCACUGGAAGAUUGAUGACAAAAAGUUUGGCCUCACAUUUCAGAGUCCUGCUGAUGCAAGAGCGUUUGACAGAGGUAUUCGGAGAGCAGUGGAGGAUAUUUCUCAAGGCUACCCACCCUCUCAAAAUGAUGUUGAAGUGGCAGAAGACUGCUUUCAAAGUACUCAAGAAAAUACAUCAGGUUCAUUAAUGAAAGAUCACCUUUUCCAACACGAAACCGUAGUAACCAGUGAACCUUACAGUACUUCAAAUGUAAGGCCUUCAGCACUUGAGGAUUUCAACACUAGGAGAGCCUGUUUUCCUAGCCAACCUAGCCAGGUCCCAUUGAAGCCGAUCAGACACGUUAGCUUUCAGGAUGAAGACGAAAUCGUUAGAAUAAACCCUCGUGAUAUUUUGAUACGUCGUUAUGCAGACUACAGGCAUCCUGACAUGUGGAAGAACGACCUGGAGAGGGAUGACGCAGACUCAAAUAUACCAUUUUCUAAAUCAGACAGUAAAAAAUCUGACUAUUUAUAUCCGUGUGGGGAUGGGACUAAGUUGAAUUCCCUGAAAGACUCAAAGAGUUCUGUGGUAUUUAAAACUCAGCCUUCCUCAUCAAAAUUUAAAAACUCAAAAAGAAGAAAAGAGGAUGGUGAGCGUUCCCGCUGUAUAUACUGCCAGGAAAGGUUUAAUCAUGAAGAUAACGGCAGAGGAAAAUGUCAAGAUGCUCCGGAUCCUAUUAAAAGAUGUAUCUACCAAGUUAGUUGCAUGCUUUGCGCAGAGAGCAUGCUGUAUCACUGCAUGUCAGACUCGGAAGGAGACUUCUCUGAUCCUUGCUCGUGUGACACUAGCGAUGACAAGUUCUGCUUACGCUGGUUAGCACUGGUAGCGCUGUCGUUCAUUGCUCCGUGUAUGUGCUGCUACCUCCCCUUGAGAGCAUGCCAUCACUGCGGUGAGGCGUGUGGGUGCUGUGGAGGGAAGCAUAAAGCUGCAGGAUGAAUCAGUCUUGUGCCAAACAGAGCUGAAAAUCUUUGUUUCCAGGAAGCAUCUAACUUGGAUUUGUGGAAGCUUUUUGGCAAGCCGAAGGGAAUCUUCUUUCACGUAAGAGAUGCUCGAUGUGGAAGAAGCAACAAGACUUGUCAGACCUUGGCAUUUUACAAGUGCUUGCCACGCCUGACUGUUUCCUUUGAGCGCGUGGCGUUCGUUGCGAGUUGUGAAGGAGAUUUUGCAAAGGAAAGCCUGUUCUUAUUAUUGGCUAUAAAAUGAGUAUAUAAACUAUGAUUAUACUAAAAGGGAUUAACUUUUGCCACUUUGUACAUUCAUGGUUUAGGUGAGGGGGCUCUUUUAAAAGGAUUAAAACUUACCUGAGGGGAAAUUUUAACUAAAAGUGCACUAGUGACAGUUGAUUUAAGAUUAAGAAAAGUUAAUACUCGGCAAUUGAGAAAUGAAACUGAUUUUAAGUGCAACUAAAUCACUUAUUAAUAGUUUUUUGGAAGCGACUUUAUGUAUAAAUAACAAAUGUUUAUAUUUAACUAAAUGUGUAAGGUACGAAUUAUUACAUGUUAAACUUCCCUUCCCUCUGGUCUAGUAGGUAUGGACCAUAUCUACUGUCACAUUCCAUUGUAGUACUUUAAAUAUUUAAUUAGUUAAUUUAGUUGCAUUUUUAUUCCAGAUGGACAAAUUGAUAUUUUCAGUCCUGUUUCCCUUCAGCUACAGUUUGUGUUGAGUUGUAUCCAUACAUUCUGAUAAUCUAAAAACUUUUAAAAUAUUAAUUAUUCUAGUCUUGAGUGACCAAUAUUUUUUGUUAAGCACAGAUGUAAUUGUCUAAAAUGUUCUUGUUAGAACAUAACAUUUAUUUUUAUAUAUAAAUGACUUUGAUUUCAACAUAAUAGCAAAAAGGAAGUUGUUUCUGUUGCUCAACCAGCAAGUUGUUUUCUUUUGGGGCAUCCUCCAGAAAAUACUUUAUUACGUAUACAGACGUUCAUUAAGCAAAAGGUACAUUAAGGCAGUUGUAACGAGUUGUCAUCAGUGUUCUUGUUUAUCUUUCUGUUAAACUAGGAUCCUGUUCAACUGUUUAUCGAGUACUAUGAUUAAAACAAAAGAUUAAUAACAAAAGUCAAAUCGUUUUCAUUAUUUUGAACUGCAACUUUUUCUUACUUGAACGUGCAAGAACAAAGCCACUGGCUUUGAACAAAGGAAAGACUGCAGAAGUCUCGAGAAGUAAGCCCAGGCAAAACUGGAGUGAACUUAAUGGAGUGAAUUAGGAGGGAACCUGGGGAGUGGGAUGGGGGAGUGCGUGUAUACACACGUGGUGCUGUGCAUAUUUGGUACAGCUUUGUAUUCACUAUGUGUUUAAUUUUCAGAAAAGAAUUAAGCAGUUAACCCUUAGAGAAUUUUUUGAAAACAUAUUUUGCUGUCGUGAAGUAAGAAGCAUUUGCUUCUCAUUAAAAAAUAUGUAAAACUAUAAAAAUAAUCAUUCGGUAGGGUAAGUGCCAAUUUGUUGUUGCAGCUGGAAUGGGGCGGACCGUCCUCAGAGUAUCCCACAUUAAACAAAAGCAAUUGAGUUGAAAAGAUGCGUGUAACUUUUCUCACCCUAUGUAUUUUUCAGUGUCGCUUGUGUACUUUGGUGCCCUUAGUUUUCUUUUGUAGCACAGAAUUAAAGGAAACAAACAUGUA